AUGCCUCUCCCACUCUCUUAUCCCGGCCUCAAAUGUGUUCUGGAGAACUUGGAGGCAGUUAAGCGAGCACAUAUCAUUGGUCGCUCUCCAGGCCUUCAAAAAGUAGAUAAAUUGAUUCCACUUUGUUUGAAGGAUUUUUCAAUUUACAGUAACCAAAUGGAAAUCAACAAUUUAAGAAUUUAUUAUGGUAGAGAUGAAGUGGAAUUUGAAAUGAAUGGGAAAGCAUUCAGUCGGAAGGGAUUUGCGAGCCGCCAAGAUACAAUAAAGAAAGUGUUCAACUUUUACUUCUGUGAAAGGUCAACCAUCCAUGUGGACAAGGUGGAUUGGGGGGAGAGCUCACUCCCGGAUGCUUUGGCUCUCGAUAUUAAAUUCAGAGUAAACAUUUUGAUUUCAUCCUUUCGUCGUCAAUUAGAAACUGCAAUCUCUUUCAUAGACGUUUCUAGUUUUCCUUUAAAAAUGCUAGUAAUUAUCCCCACCAACCCCUCAAUCUUCGACAUGCAAGUUGUGAAGUUUGCGAAGCGUCUUAUUCUGCUUGUUGUAGUUGAUGGGAUACUCACUGUUGAAACCCUUAAGAAACUUAACAACAAGGCUGUGAUAUUUAACUAUUCCGGCUACUACAGAGUUGAUAAUAUGAUUUCAUUAAUAAAAUAUCACAUUGAAACUAAGAAAGCGGUGGAGACCGCUUUCAUCAUUUCAACAAAUAACAUCGAUUAUAUCAAUGAGAAGUUCAGUGAGUUUGAACUAGCGUUCGGUGAAUUUCAAUCGGACUUGGAUGGCGUUGUUGAGAGAUUUAUUCCCGGAUUUCCUAAGUUCUCCAUCCCCAUCAACAACGAGUCUAGAAUCCAAGUGUACGCAAGCGAGGAUCCAGAAGAAGGUGGUCGAUGGAAAAUUGUGAUUAAACCAGUUCCCGGAUUAUGA